UUCCGCGCAAAACUUCCACUCGGUCCGCGUGAAGUUGUCGCUGCCUUAGAGAGGGGAGCUGAGGGAAGAGCCGGGGAGUGACGACGGCGGCGGCUGGGCGCGCGCUCUCUUUUACUUUUCUUCUCCUUUACCCUCGGUCGCAGUCGGGGUUUGGGCUCCUCUCCUUCCCUCCUCCCCCACCCCCCCGGAGCCGGCUUCUCUCCCCCGCCCCGCUUCUCCCCCGCUUGUGUACGCUAUUUGUUGUGGGGUGGCCGAAGGGGAUGUCCUGUUUUCACCAGAGGCACAGCGCGAAGGGAAAACUUCGACACUGGAAGGAAGGAGAAUAAAUACUUAAUUACGGACGCACGGAACCGCGGCUGGGACAGACACUUUGGGAACCCGAGGCGGUCCAGGCUACGAGAUAAUCAUUUUUACUUGAAGGAAGCUGCUUCUAUUUGGGAGUGGCAGGAGAGGUGAGAAAACCACAUGGAAGACCCCCAGGAUUUAAAUGAGCAAUCAGUAAAGAAAACGUGCACAGAGUCAGAUGUUUCAGAACCUCAGAAUUCCAGGUCUAUGGAAAUGCAGGACCUAGCAAGUCCUCACACUCUUGUUGGAGGUGGUGAUACUCCGGGUAGCUCCAAACUGGAAAAAUCUAAUCUCAGCAGCACCUCAGUCACUACAAAUGGGACAGGAGUAAUCACAAGUAGUGGCUACAGCCCCAGAUCAGCACAUCAGUAUUCCCCACAGCUGUAUCCUUCCAAGCCCUAUCCACACAUUCUUUCUACACCAGCAGCUCAAACAAUGUCUGCCUAUGCAGGCCAGGCUCAGUAUUCCGGGAUGCAGCAGCCGGCCGUCUACACAGCCUACUCACAGACAGGACAGCCCUACAGCCUGCCCACUUACGAUUUGGGUGUGAUGUUACCAGCCAUCAAGACAGAGAGUGGACUUUCCCAGACCCAGUCUCCAUUACAGAGUGGCUGCCUCAGUUAUAGCCCAGGGUUUUCCACCCCACAGCCAGGCCAGACACCUUAUUCUUACCAAAUGCCAGGUUCUAGUUUUGCACCAUCAUCUACUAUUUAUGCAAAUAAUUCAGUUUCCAAUUCAACGAAUUUCAGUGGUUCACAACAGGAGUAUCCAUCCUAUACAGCCUUUGGCCAAAACCAGUAUGCACAGUAUUAUUCAGCAUCAACGUAUGGAGCGUAUAUGACAUCAAAUAACACAGCCGAUGGCACACCCUCUUCAACCUCUACUUAUCAGUUGCAGGAAUCUCUCCCAGGACUGACUAACCAACCAGGUACAGAUCUUCACACAGGAGAGUUUGAUACCAUGCAGAGCCCCUCCACACCCAUCAAAGAUCUUGAUGAGAGAACAUGUAGGAGUUCUGGCUCAAAGUCCAGAGGAAGAGGCCGGAAAAAUAAUCCCUCGCCGCCUCCUGAUAGCGACCUGGAGCGUGUGUUUGUCUGGGAUUUGGAUGAAACCAUCAUUGUUUUUCACUCACUGCUCACAGGGUCUUAUGCACAGAAGUAUGGAAAGGAUCCCCCCAUGGCUGUAACCCUUGGACUCCGCAUGGAAGAAAUGAUUUUUAAUCUUGCUGAUACUCAUUUGUUUUUUAAUGAUUUAGAGGAGUGUGAUCAAGUUCAUAUAGAUGAUGUUUCCUCUGAUGAUAAUGGGCAGGACUUAAGUACCUACAGUUUUGCAACUGAUGGCUUCCAUGCAGCUGCAAGUAGUGCAAACCUUUGUUUGCCAACAGGUGUGAGAGGAGGGGUUGACUGGAUGAGGAAGUUGGCUUUUCGUUACAGAAGAGUAAAAGAAUUAUAUAACACCUACAAGAACAAUGUUGGAGGACUCCUUGGCCCUGCUAAGAGGGAUGCCUGGCUACAGUUGAGGGCAGAAAUUGAAGGUCUGACAGAUUCCUGGCUAACAAAUGCACUUAAGUCUUUAUCAAUUAUUAGCACUAGGAGUAACUGCGUAAAUGUCUUGGUAACAACAACGCAACUGAUCCCAGCGCUUGCGAAGGUUCUACUCUAUAGUUUAGGAGGUGCUUUCCCCAUUGAGAAUAUUUACAGUGCAACUAAAAUAGGCAAGGAAAGCUGUUUUGAGCGUAUAGUGUCCAGAUUUGGCACUAACAUAACUUAUGUUGUGAUUGGAGAUGGCCGAGAUGAGGAGCAUGCCGCUAACCAGAAGAGGCUGACAGCAUAAAACAUAAAUGCUAGAUUGACGGAGAACAGCUUGCUUGGCACAACAGUACUGCAGGCCCACUAGCCAACAUGAGAGCUUGGCCACGGGACUUUGAGCAUGCACAAACUAGAACUCUUCCCUUCCCACCUUAGGAACAGAAAAUCCUCUUCCUCUCUAAUCUGAAAAACGAAAACCGAACUAACAAACACAAAAACAACCCCUUGGCAAGUCCCACCUCCUAUUUACAUACAGAAUAUUGUGCCUUAUUGUAAACCAGUUUGAAAAAAUGUUCUGUAACUAAAGUGGGUUUUUGGCUGUUAUGUAUACAAGCUCGGUAUAUUACUAGAAAUGAUAACUACCUUGUAUUGCACCUUAAAAAUAUCAAAACCACGUGAUUUCAGUAGCAAAAUAGGUGGCCUGGAUACAGAAUUAUAGUGUACAAUUAGGACACUAUGCCCCUGCAAAAAUAUGUAAAUCAAAUUCAGAGACAAAAACAGAUUUUAGAAUCAUACAGUUUGCACACAAAAAGUAGGUAAUAACUGUCUCUAAUAAUGUUAUCUCCUUAGUCUGUGAUGAGCUAAGAUUCAGAAUAGUGUUAACAGCAUGCUCCUGUAUGAAGCUGUUUUUUUAAAGCACAUUUGUUUAUGACAGGCGUACAUUCUCAGUGAAUAUGGCAUUUAGUAUUUCUUUCGAAAACAAACUUAAGCAUCAUGAGCCAAAGUUGCAUUUUGACUCCCAACUACGGUAGCAUUAUGGACAGCUUGAAAUGUCAAGGGUUUCUGUUAUAUAUUAGUAAAGUAUAGAUUAUCGGGGCCUACAUAAUUUAAAGAAAUGUAAAUUAAUAUUAAAAGCUUGUAAAAAUAUGUAUAUCUUUACUAUUUCUCAAUAAAUACCUUUGCAAAUGUU